GCCUUUCAGUCUCGGGCAUGUUUCGCUUGCUCAAAUUGUUGUAGCGACCGGAGAGUUCCAGCAUAGCUCUCUCGUAGGCGGCGGACCUGUGAUGUCUGCAGGUUUGAUUAGCGUGGAUCAAGGUCUUAUCAAGACGCUCUCGCCUCUGAGUGGACAUUAUAGGACAAGAAUCGGGAGUUUCCACCAUUUCCUUCACGAGCUAGAGAAGCGAGGCGUCAACAUGAAGAAGGUCAAGGUCACUAAGGCAGAGGCUGCGCUCUGGGGGAUCGAACACCUCGGUAAAUGGCAGAAGAAACAGAAGGGCCUGCAGAAGAAGGGCAAGGAGGAAGUGAAGGACGCCGCGACGAAGGUCAAGAUGGCGGUCACUACGGAUGACUCGUGGAAGAAGGAAGUUCUGGAGGGCAGGAAGAAGGAGGAGGAAGUGGCGGCGGCUCAGCAGAAUGGGCAUCCGCCGGGUUUUUGAGGAGAAGAACAAGACAUCAGGCUCUGACGAGAAGGGCAAGCAGGCAGAAGCUGCGCCAGCGACGAAGAAAGGAAACUCCAUUUCGGAGGAGCAGCCAGCGCAGCAGGAGAAAUCGACGCCUCCGGCUGAUUCGCCCACCGAGAACGCCAGUGGCGCGGAGUCUGCGAAGGAGCAGGAGCACACGAAGUCAGAUGCGCCAGCCGCGGAU